CCCAAAAACACCAUGGCAAAACCUUCCAUCUCCAUCCCUUUGAUUUUAGUUUUACUACCACUCAUGACCACCAUUCCUCCUUCACACUCCACCAACCACACCGAUCUCGAAGCUCUCCUCGCCUUCAAGAAAUCCAUACGCAACGAUCCUCUGAGCUCGUGGAACGAGACAACCCAUUUCUGCAGGUGGAACGGCGUCGCAUGCAGCAGAAAGCAUCCAGACAGAGUCAUCUCUCUCUCUCUGCGCUCCCAAGGCCUCGAGGGAUCUCUCUCCCCUCACAUAGGUAACCUUUCUUUCCUCAGAAACAUCGACUUGCAAAACAACAGACUAUUCGGCCCAAUCCCUCAGGAGAUAGGUCGACUGAGAAGGCUUCAAUCGCUGGAGCUGGGCAACAAUUCUUUCACAGGUGGGAUUCCAACCAACCUAUCACAUUGUCCAGAUCUCUAUCUACUUGAUUUGAUCCGAAACCAGCUCACCGGACCCAUAGUCCCCGAGAUAGGCUCCCUGCUCAGGCUACAACAGCUUGUCCUGUCGAGGAACCUCUUCUCGGGGACUAUCCCACCAUUCAUAGGAAACCUCACCAACCUUUUCCAACUCUCUUUGACAUAUUGCGGCCUUGUGGGGGAGAUUCCGGAGUCGCUGGUUCGACUCCGGAGAAUGCGGUAUCUAUAUCUGUUCGCCAACAAUUUGACUGGUUCGAUUCCACGGGGCCUCUAUAACCUCUCGAGCAUGGAGGAAUUCGCCUUCGGUUCCAACCAACUCCAUGGCACCAUACCUUCCGACAUAGUCUUUACCCUUCCCAAGCUCAGGUUUCUUGAUCUGGGCUUCAAUCGUUUCUCCGGAGAGCUUCCUGCUUCGCUGUCGAAUUCCUCCCUCAUCGAAAGCAUAGGUGUGUCUUCAAACAAUUUCACCGGAAAUAUGAUAGAUUUAGCAAAUCUUUCCACUCUCAGAAACCUCAUGGCUACGUCUAACCAUUUCAAGGGAGAUAUUCAUACUAUUUUAUCAUCCCUUGCAAACUGCACUGACCUUACAGUUGUGACAUUGUCCGAUAACCUUUUCACCGGCUCGUUGCCGGAUUCCAUUGGCAAUCUUUCCAAUCACUUGUCUUUCUUAAGUUUUCAUCAAAACCAGAUAAGUGGAAGCAUUCCAUCUAGCAUUGGGAGCCUCGUGGGUCUGUCUACUCUGUCAGCUUCGCUCAAUGAUCUCCAAGGUCCAAUCCCUUCCUCCAUUGGCAAUCUUGAUAAGUUGCAGGAGAUCUACCUCGGAGCAAACAGGCUGACUGAUGAGAUGCCGUCAUCAUUUGGCAACUUGACUUUGUUGAACCAUCUUCGCUUAGGGUUUAACAGUCUCUUUGGGAGUAUACCUCAAAGUCUUGGAAACUGUAACAACUUGUUGAGCUUAGAUCUUUCAUACAACAAUCUCAAUGGUUCAAUACCCUUAGAAAUCAUGAGGCUUUCCUCCAUUUCUAUUUUCAUCGACCUAUCUCAUAACGCCUUGAUUGGUGCUAUUCCACCGGAAGUUGGGGCUUUGAGAAAUGUUGUGGAUUUGGGGUUUUCCUACAACAGAUUAUCAGGAACCAUCCCAACUUCUUUAAGCAGCUGUGUGAUGCUGAAUCGCCUUCGCCUCGAGGGGAACUCUCUUCAAGGAGAGAUACCUGACAGCCUGAGGGCUUUGAGAGGUUUAGAAUAUUUGGAUCUUUCGCAGAAUAAUCUUUCAGGAAUGAUUCCGAGGUCUCUGGUCGAGCUUCGUCUUCUAUAUCUAAACCUCUCUUUCAAUGCGCUGCAAGGUGAAGUCCCUACUCUUGGAGUUUUUCAGAAUGAAAGUGCAAUAUCGUUGGAAGGAAACCACGACUUGUGCGGAGGUAUUGCAACCCUAAACCUUCCUUCUUGUCCAUCAUCGUCAGCAAAUUCGAUGAAGAACGAUUUGGGGAAAAUCUUGAUCCCAACUAUUGUUGGAUCUGUAUGCCUAGCGCUUGCAGUGUGCUUCUGUGUGAUCAUGUACAGGCGUCGAGCACUGCAAAAUGUUGGAGCCCUCGAAGGCGCCAUAGCUGGAUUCUUGAGGUUAUCUUAUGCAGAUCUCUUGAAUGCCACGGGUGGAUUCUCGGAGGCCAAUUUAGUUGGUGCAGGGAGAUUUGGAUCUGUGUAUAAAGGAAGUAUAAUCAAUGAUGAUGAUGAGCACACAGAUUUAGCAGUGAAAGUGCUUAAUCUUAACGCAAGAGGAGCUAGUAAGAGUUUGGCAUCAGAAUGCAAUGCAUUAAGAGGCAUAAGACACAGAAACCUUGUCAAGAUUGUGAGCGUGUGUGACAGCACUGAUUUUCAAGGGAAUGAUUUCAAGGCAUUGGUGUAUGAAUUUAUGCCCAAUGGAAGUCUCGAGAGUUGGCUGCAUCAUGAUUCUGAGGAACAAGGCAGAACUCUGAGUACUAUUCAAAGGCUAAAUAUUGCUAUUGAUAUUGCAUCUGCAGCUGAGUAUUUGCACUGUGGUACUGACUCCACUGUUAUUCAUGGAGAUUUGAAGCCGAGUAACAUUCUCUUGGAUCAAGAAAUGGUCGCCCACGUUGGCGAUUUUGGAUUAGCCAAAAUUAUUUCAAGCAUUUCACACAACUUGUCGUCGUCAACGGAAGGGAGCAGUACUUCAACUGCAAUCAAGGGCACCAUAGGCUACAUUGCUCCAGAAUAUGGCAUGAACUACGUGGCAUCAACAACAGGGGAUGUAUAUAGUUACGGAAUUCUUGUGCUUGAGAUGUUCACAAACAGAAGGCCCACAACUACUGAUGCAUUCGAGGGGUAUCUAAAUCUCCAUGAUUUCGUUAGCAAUGCAUUACCAAACCGUGUAAUGGAAGUAGUGGAUCCAUUUUUGCAUCAACAACUUAACCAAGGUGAGAAAUAUCGAACUUGCAUUGUUUCGAUUUUGAGUAUUGGAGUGAGUUGCUCAAAGGAACUUCCUAGAGAUCGCAUGGGCAUGGCAGAGGUUGUGAAUGAGCUGAAAAAGAUUAGAAAUGUUUUUCUUGCAGACAGACGUGGUAGAAAUGUUGCUACCUAUCAACAUUGAAACAGAUGUUUUGUGUUAUGUAUUUCUUUCAUUUUUCUUCUCAAGAAUGUAUCUAGUUUCAUAUAUCGGUUGUGAUGAUUUUGUUCAUGAUGUGUUAAUACAGCAAGUCUAUUUGAAACAA